GGCCGGCCCGGCUCCCUCGCGCUCCUACCCCGGCCCCCAAUUCCAAUCUCGCCGCCGCCGGGUUGCCGUCCUGUGCUCCGCUUCGCACCGCCGCACCGCUAGGAACAGCCCGUGCUGGAGCUGGGGGAACGAACAUCUCAACCUCCGUCACCCCCAUACCGUACAAGUAUUCCUAUGGAGACGAUCUCAUCUUGUCCCAUCUGCAACAUACAAGUUCUUACGGCUGAGCUGGAAUGGCAUGCCAAUAGCCACUUUGAUGAUGAUCAACUCCAAAUGGACAUGGAAUUAGCACAUCAGAUGUCAGUUGCUGAAUCAAGUACAGAUGCCAUGAACGACCCAAAACAUUAUAGUGGAUCAUUCACUAGUGACUCUAACGCUCUAGGGGCUCUAUCGAGUCAUAGUGGAUACUCGCACCAUUACAGUGAGCUACUGGAUGAACAAAUCUCUUGCUUGGUCCGAGCACAAAUUCGAAGCAAAGUUCAAGAGGUGGAAGGCGGUAUUUUGAGCUUGUUGAGGAGCUGCUUGGAGUCAGAAGCGGGUUCCUCGACAAGUAUGAUAUCGUGCUAUAUUGACCAUCAUCAGAGCCUUUCAUCAGAAGAUAAGGGAUGGGGAUGUGGAUGGAGGAACAUUCAGAUGCUGAGCUCUCAUCUAUUGAAGCAAAGACCAGAAGCUAGAGAAGUAUUAUUUGGUGGUUCUGGAUUUGUUCCUGACAUCCCUUCACUCCAGAGGUGGCUUGAGAUUGCUUGGGACAAAAAAUUUGAUACAAUUGGCUCCAGCCACUUUCAUAACAAAAUUUAUGGUGCCAAGAAGUGGAUAGGGACCACAGAGUGCGCUGCCCUCUUCCGCUCCUUUGGUCUCCGUGCAAGGAUUGUAGAUUUUGAUAGCACAGAAUCAUCUGACCUCCAUAGUAACAACGGAAGCCGUGCAGCGAGCCAAGUACGAGGACCUAUGGACAAGUUCUUGAUAAAGAAUAAGCCUCCAAAAUCAUCAUCUGAACUUUGUCGAGAGGAUGCUGAAAGUACGAGAGGCCAACAGGCCCUUGUUGACUGGGUUUGGAACUACUUUGCAAGUGAGCGCUCUGACAGAUUAGCCACACAGCGUGUCACUGUUAGCAAUAAAACACCAUUGUAUUUCCAACAUCAAGGUCAUUCAAGGACAAUAGUUGGGAUUCAAAAGAAACCGGAUCGUCGUGGAUCUCAAGAACAAUACAGCCUUUUGAUUUUAGAUCCGGGCCAUAGAACUGCAGAUCUAGAAAGGUGUCUAAGAAGCAAAAAAGGAUGGCAGCGUCUGGUGAAGAGAGGCGUCCACACGCUCAGGAAGCCACAGUAUCAGCUGUGUUAUGUGGAUCCUGGAAUUGCUAGUUCAGAAGAGGUGGAGCGACUGAAGACUAUUGAUGGCACACUAGUCAGGUUUUAGGUUCCUGACAUGCUUGGUUGACUCGUCGAGAUGCUAAGUGAAGCUUGCUGCUUUUCAACAAUAUUUGAAAAUCUGCGUGGUGGUAUUCUGGAGGGAUAGGUCAAACUGCCUUGAAUAGAUCUUGACAUGCCCACUUGGGCACUUGUCCUAAACUGAAAUUUACACCGCGUUUUCGUUUUUUUACCAGGUUGUAGUCUGCGGGAUCUUGAUGGUGGUUGUGGCAGUCGGCAAUUUUGCCAACACUAUGUAUACACUGGUGGUACUGAAGCUGAGGUUUAAAGCAAAGAUGAAGAGAGCAAAGGGCAGACAGGAUCCCCCACAUCAAAACUGACAGGCAUGAUCGUUCCUGGAACACAAGGAUGCAGCAGCUGCUGGCACCAUCUCUUCUGUAAAUCCUUUGACCUGUGUCAACAUUUUUUGGUGCUGCCGUGCUAGUAGUAGGAGUAUCUUGCAAGCUUUUGUUUUGGAUGGUGUGGUGGUCCAGAAAACACUCUGUCUGCUAAAUUACCAGAAACAUCCGCAGUUGUAUAUUGCGGCAAAAUCCCAAGUGUAUAUUAAAGUCCUCCAAAAACUGCCGCUGCUUUCGACCACAACCAACCACCUGAAUGUAUCUUUUCUUUACAUGGUCAAUA